GAUGAUGAUGAUGAUGAUGAUGAUGAUAGAGAGUCUUCAGAUGGGUCCGUCCUCCAUCUGCAGGAGUCAUCAGAAGAUGAAGGUGAUGAUGAUGAUGAUGAUGAUCAGAGGCAGUAUGAGGACGAGGCAUUUGCUCAGGAUUAUCUGCUCAGAGUGUGUGAUGCGUUGCAGGUGUCCCCGGGCCUCUCUGAGCAGCUGCUGCAGGUGUUGGAUCAGUUCUCGGCAGCGGCAGUUGCGGUGGAGGUUCUGUACGGCAGACUGAGCGAUGUUCUGCGGCCGUGGCCUCAGCUGCUGAGAGACUUCGCUGCCUUCCUGAACCGACGACAGGCCCGCCGCUGUGGGCUGCUGAUGGAGAAGCAGCUGUUUGAACGCAGCCGGCGGUUUCUACGGCGACUGGGGCAGAGCCUAGGAGAAGGCUCCUCCCCCUUCCAGCAGGUGGUGUCCGUGCUGCAGGGAAGCUCCGCCCCCCUAGCUGAGGACAUGGACAAGAUCUCGUCUCUCCUCAGACGCCACUCUGACCUGCACCAGGAAUUCUUGGAGUUUUUCCAGCAGCUUCACGGCGUGACGUCGUCACCCGUAGCGACCAGCUCCAAGACCACAGAGACGGACCACGUGUCCCAGAAUCCUCCUCCCAAUGGGAACAGGAAGAGAGCUGAGCGUCGGCCGUCUGACAAGGCGGAGCCAGAGCAACCGGUCGGCGCCAAAAACAUCUCGUUGUCCUCGACCGGAGAGAAAGUGGUCGUCUGGACGCGUGAGGCGGACCGCGCCAUCUUGACGGCCUGUCAGCAGAGAGGAGCCAAUCGGAAAACAUUCAGGCAGGUCUCUGCCCAGCUGGGAAACAAGACCACCCAACAGGUCAGCCUUCGGUUCCACGACCUCAUGAAUCUGUUCCACUCGGCCAACUUCCAAAACUCCACUUCCUGUUCCUCAGUGGGCCGGCCAAUCAGCAGGCAGGAAGCAACCCUGGACUGAAGGUGGGGCCAAUCACAGUCAAGUCUGCAUUCGUCCACAAAGUGGACUUCAGAGCCGGGACUCUGAUCCAGAUCAGCUGCUGUUCUAGACUUUCAUUUAAGUGACUUUAUAUUUAAUUGUUAAUAUUUCUUUGAACCGUUUAACUGAUCAGUUGGACUUCUUGUCGGUUAAACGGUUGAUUGUGAACAUCCCUAGAACGUGUUGAAAAGAGCUCUAGAGUUCUGCAGAGGGGUCAGAACAUUUGAUGUGGAGCUCUUCAGGAUGUUCUCCAGUUUCAGGUCUCCAAAGACACGUCAACAUUCAUUUCACUAGAACCAGGUGAAGAUGUUCUGGAUCCAAAAGAUGUUCCUGGUUAGAACAUGUUCAGUUCUAACCAGAACUCAGUGGAAGGGUUCUAACGUGAAUCAGAAACAGACCGUUUCUAUCAGAUGUUCUGAUUAGAACAUGUUCAGUUCUAAUCAGAGCCCAGGCAAAGGGUUCUAAUGUGAAUCAGAAUCAGACCGUUUAUAUCAGAAGUUCUGGUUAGAACAUGUUCAGUUAUUCCUGACUUCAGAACAAAGACAUGACUGUGAAACUGAUUUCAGUGAUGAAGUAACCGGCUGAAUGGUUCUACUGAGAACUUUAUUUAUGACUCAUCAUUAUUUAUUGUUUAAUUUAUCUCCUCUGACCUCAUCCCUGAUCUAACUACCACAGUUAAAUCAGGGGGCGGGGUCACAGCGAGGUUAGGGGCGGGACCACAGUUAGAUAAGGGGGCGGAGUCACAGUGAAGUUAGGGGCGGGACCAGUUAGGUCAGGGGUCACAGUGAGGUUAGGGGCGGGACCACAGUUAGGUCAGGGGUCACAGUGAGGUUAGGGGGCGGGGCCACAGUUAGGUCAGGGGUCACAGUGAGGUUCGGGGGCGGGGCCACAGUUAGGUCAGGGGUCACAGUGAGGUUAGGGGCGGGACCACAGUUGGAUCAGGAGGCGGGGCCACAGUUAGGUCAGAAAGGAAACACGAAAACAAACCAAACGUUCUCAAAAGUUAUCUUUUCCUUUUUUAAAUUCCGUAGUUUUUUAUUUUAUGUUUGAUUGUUUUUUAUUUAGUGUGAUAAAACAGAUUUAUUCAGUUUAGUUUUAGUUUACAGAGAUCCAGCUGUGAGCAGCAGAACCUGGAUUAUGCAGGUUUUACUUGAUUUGACAUAUAUCGGCUGAUAAACAAACAUGUUUGAAUGUGUUUGUUUAAGAAUGUUUAGUCUUCUCAUGAUGCACCGGGGUGACACCGCCUGAUCAAUCCCAUGAUUCCUAGCGGCCUUAUACAGUGGAGGAUUUAUAGAAAGUGUUUAUUCAUAUUGAAUGAGAACGAAUGAAGGAUGAUGCUUCAAUAAAAUCUGUUUACAUGUU